GCAGAUCGACUCUGACAGCCGGCGAGGAUGAGCGCCACAGGAAAGUCGAUGCUUGGUCCCUGGCUGUACCAGAAGGACAGAGACUCGUGGGUGACCAGCAGCGGCAGAUCCAUGCGGUCUUUGGAUGGAGGCAAGGGGAUAACGAACUCUGUCAUAUUCCCACUGAAGAACGGAAUGGAAAGUGGGCUGUCCCAGGCCCUUGCAGUAAUGCAGGAGAGGGGUGUCAACGUGGUGCACAUUGAGAGCAGGAAGGCACGCUCUAUGGACGCCGAGUACGAGAUCUACAUGGGUCUCGACUGUGACGGAAUGGACAUGCAGUCACUCGCAGAAGAACUGGCGAGAGUGCUGGAAACUCCUAUCAAGCCCGGCUUUUCAAGAGAAGGUUUGGCGAAGAGAAGCAUGAGCAUCCAAAGCAGUUUCGAUUUUGGUGACAUCCCGUGGUUCCCGAGAAAGCUGUCUGACCUGGACAAGUCUCAGCGGGUGCUGAUGUAUGGCUCCGAACUGGACGCUGAUCACCCGGGAUUCAAGGACACCGAGUACAGAAAGCGAAGAAAACACUUCUACGACAUUGCGAUGAAGUAUCGAUUUAAUCAGCCGAUCCCAAGGGUGGAAUAUACAGAAGAGGAGACAAAAACAUGGGGUGUGAUCUUUAGCCAGCUGAGUGAGCUGUACGAGACACACGCCUGCAAAGAGUACCUGGAGAACUGGCGUGAGCUGAGGAAAUAUUGCGGCUAUCGUCAGAACCACAUCCCCCAACUGGUGGACGUCGACGCUUACCUCCGACAGAGAACCGGCUUUCAGCUACGACCUGUGGCGGGCUACCUAUCACCACGGGAUUUCCUGGCCGGCCUGGCAUUCAGGGUGUUCCACUGUACCCAGUAUAUUCGGCACAGCUCGGACCCACUGUAUACACCCGAACCGGACUGCUGUCACGAACUGCUGGGCCACAUGCCGCUGCUGGCCAACGCCAGUUUCGCGCAGUUCUCGCAGGAGCUGGGCCUCGCCUCUCUGGGGGCCUCUGAGGAGGAGAUCUCCAAAUUGGCCACGUGCUACUUCUUCACGGUGGAGUUCGGUCUCUGUCGCGAGAACGGUCAGCUGCGUGUGUACGGUGCUGGCCUUCUGUCAUCGAUCGCCGAGCUGAAACACUCGCUGACGCCGGCCGCCACGGUCCGCAGGUUCGACCCUGACGUCACUAGCAACGAGGAGUGCAUCAUCACCGCCUUCCAGAACGUCUACUACUACACGGACACGUUCGAAGAGGCCAAGGAAAAGAUGAGGGCCUACGCAGCUACCAUCGUUCGGCCGUUCGGAGUCCGGUACAAUCCGUACACUCAUACCGUGGACGUGCUCUCCAGCACGCAAAAAGUGGCAGCUCUAGUGUCCGAGCUCCGUGGCGAUCUUUGUAUCGUCACCAACGCCCUCAAAAAGAUUCAAGAAAACGACGAGGAUGCAGAUGUCGAAGCCAUCACACAGCUGUUAUCUGCCGCGCUGCCUGCCGAGGCAUCUCGUACCCCAUCCCCGCCACCAGCUGUCACCCCGGAGCCCUUAGCCAAUCACAGCGCAGGAACGGAGACAGCGGCCAAUCACAGCGCGGGAACGGAGACAGCGGCCAAUCACAGCGCGGGAACGGAGACAGCGGCCAAUCACAACGGAGGGAUCGAGACAGCGACCAAUCACACAUAGAGGAACAGCACAAACACCAAUCACAGGCUUAUGAACACUACCAACUGAUCCCCUAGAGGCAUGAUGAUCCAUUUAGGCCACCCUUAGAUCGAUAUGGUCUUUCCCCAUGGACAGAUUCAAGUGCGCGAGAAAAUGCUUGCUUAGCCCUAUUCCGGGCGGGGGGACUUCAAGUCCCCCUUCACGUUUUUCUUGUGGCAUUGCCAAACGCCGCAAGACUGAAAGCUCAUAUUCGGUGACUUUUCCUAGACAUUCAUUGCGCACAUUUUGACAAAACAAAGUUGCCGGGUCAGGUCAGGUCAGGUCAC